AUGCUUGCCACGAGCUCCAAGGCCUUGGCCGUUGCAGCAACCAUAAUCACGGCCCUUUCUCCCUCUGUCCAGGCGUGCCUUAAUCUCUACGGCGAAUCAAGCCCGACCGAGAUUUGGUACGUGACAACAGUAGACAACGGCCUGCAGACAUGCGAUGUAUCCUACUCAAACCCAUGUACGUCUCCUGGUCCCCUGUGUAAAUUUUUCAUCGAUUCGACUUGA